AUGGUGGUAUCCCAUGGUGAGUAUCAAAGCGGGACACCGUACGAAGCACAUGAUACCCUUCGGACAGAGAUAACGCAUGCAUGCACGGGUAAAUCGUGUCCCCCAUCACAGGCAUCGGCUCUUUUGGCCUGUCUGCCGGUCCCAGCAGAAUGUUGA